CAAGCUUCCAAAGAUUAUGCCAAGUCAUCAUAUCAUAGUAAUGUUGAAACUGAGCCAUUACCAUCAUUAUCCUCAUAUUCAACUAGAAGGCCUUCUGAAAGAUUACAUGAAAGAAGUUCUGUUGAUGACAUUAGUGAUAUUAGGGAGGCUAGGCGAUUUACGAACCACAACACUGACAAGCAGUAUUUGGAUGCCCCUUAUAGAGAUGGAAACUUUAGAGAAUCACAUAAUAGUUAUGUGCCUAAUUUUCAGAGGCCACUAGUGAGAAAGAAUGUAGCCGGACGUAUGUCUGCUGGCAGGAGGAGGAGUUUUGAUGACAACCACCUAUCUCCUGGAGAGAUGUCAGGUUAUACAAAAGGACCUGCAUCUCUUCGUGAAGCUUUGAGAGAAGGACUCAGGUCAGGUUCUGACUGGUUUUCUAGGGUUGCUGCCUUUAACUAUCUUCACUCACUGUUGCAGCAAGGUCCAAAGGGAACUCUUGAAGUUGUUCAGAAUUUUGAGAAGGUAAUGAAGUUAUUUUUCCAGCACUUAGAUGACCCUCACCAUAAAGUUGCACAGGCUGCUCUUUCAACACUAGCAGAUAUUGUUCCGGCGUGUCGAAAUCCUUUUGAGGGUUACAUGGAAAGAAUAUUACCACAUGUCUUUUCCCGGUUAAUUGAUCCUAAAGAGGUUGUUAGGCAGCCAUGUUCUACAACAUUGGAAAUUGUUAGCAAAACUUGCAGUAUCGAUUCUCUCUUACCUGCACUAUUACGUUCACUAGACGAACAAAGGUCUCCAAAGGCUAAAUUGGCCGUGAUUGAAUUUGCAAUCAAUUCCUUUAACAAGCAUACAAUGAAUGCAGAAGGUGCUGCUAAUAUUGGCAUACUAAAAUUGUGGCUUGCUAAGUUAACCCCUUUGGUUCAUGACAAGAAUACAAAGCUUAAAGAAUCAGCUAUUACUUGCAUUAUAUCAGUGUAUACUCACUUCGAUUCAACUGCAGUUCUUAAUUUCAUUCUGAGUUUGUCAGUGGAAGAACAAAAUUCUUUGAGACGAGCCCUUAAACAGUACACCCCUCGCAUUGAAGUAGAGCUAAUAAACUAUAUGCAGAGCAAGAAAGAGCGACAACGUUCCAAGUCUUCCUAUGAUCCAUCUGAUGUUGUAGGAACAUCAUCUGAAGAUGGGUAUGUUGGUUUUUCUAGAAAAACUCAAUACCUUGGAAGAUAUUCGGGUGGUUCCCUAGAGAGUGAUGGUGGUCGGAAGUGGAGUUCCCAGGAUUCAACUCUUUUGAAAUCCAGUCUUGGUCCAGCAACUUCUGUUGAAAGUGAGGAUCAUAGUCAUAACCAUAACCUUGAGAUUGAUUCUAAUUUUGACAGUCUUAGCUCAAAACCCAAGCUUUUGCAAUAA